AAGUUUUAUUUCUUGCAUUUGUGACGUAAAGUUGAAAUAUACUUAGCAGCAGCAUGAAUUUCGUAAACUGUUGUCGGCUUUGUUUGAUGGAUUUAGUAACGGAUAACGACGAUGGUGGAACGGAUUGUUAUCGUGUUUCGGAAACAACGAUAGACGCUCAGCCUCUGAGCGUUGCCCUGGAAGAAUGCUUCGGUAUUUCGAUUGCCGACGACGAAAAAGUGAACAAAAUUUGCGAAACCUGUUACAACGAUGUUCAUAAUGUUGUCAAGCUGAGAAAUCGAUUUUUAGAGGCCGAUGCCGCUAUCAAAAGUUUCUACUGUCAGCUCGAUUACAAUCUUGAUGUAGAAUAUUUGGAAGGGACUGCAGAGACUGACGAUGAUGAUGGACGAAGCAGCAUUAUAGUGGAAGAAGCGUUUCCUUAUGAGAAUGAGCAGUCGAAUGUAAAACACAACUCGUCAGACGACGAUGAGGACAUUAAAGAUGAACCAGUUGACACGAUUGUUGAAGUGAAUGUUGAUGAAACAGCAAUAGAAGAGAUCAAAUAUGAAAUGGAUCCGGACGUUUCUGUUGUUGAAGAAGACGAGAAACUUGCAGAAGUUUUGAGGAAUGUUCCAAAAGCUCGUCGUAAAGGUUGGCGUAAAGGAUGCAAAAGUAAAGAAAAGAAAGUCAAAUUCUUUACCUGCUACAUUUGCACGACGGAUUUCGAAACACUGGAACAACUGGACGAUCAUAUUCCAUUGCAUGUUGGUACCGUAUCGCCGGUUUGUACCUUUUGCAGCGAAGAAGUAACUACGAUGCGACAUUUGAACAUGCACCUUCAACGGGUUCAUUACCGAAAGGGCAACCGAAUUCCUUGUGAAGAGUGCGAAAAGGAAGGUAUCACGAAAGAAUUUUCAUCAACUUAUCACUUACAAGAACACGUUAAAAGGGUGCAUCAAGGUAUUAAAGAGGUGCUGGAACGAAAAUUUGUUUGCUCUUAUUGUGGUAAAAACUUUAACAGAGCGUCCAACCUGCGACUUCAUGAAAAUAUUCACACGAAAGCUGUUUUGUUCAAAUGUAAAUAUUGUACGACAUUUGUGGGUACCUCUCGGAGUGGGUUGAUUAGACAUGAACGCAUUCAUACCGCGGAAAAACCGUUUAAAUGCGACGAAUGUGAUGCUGCAUUUACGCAGUCAAAUGGUCUUCAAUUGCAUAAAAAAUUCCGUCACACCGACGAACGACCGUUUGCAUGCGAUCUCUGCCAGGGCGAUGUUCGUUUUAAAAGUAAAUACACGCUGCAAAAACAUUUACGAAGCCAUGAAAUCCCCGGCAGAAUCAAACAGGAUGGCGUCAAAAGUGAAUCGGUGGGCACAUUUGUUGAACCGGAGCUAAAGUGCAGCUUUUGCCCGGGCGUUUACCAUCAGGAACGGCACCUGUGCAGGCAUAUUUUGUUGAAACACCCAAACGAGAACUUCCCAAUGGUUCAGUGCGAAAUGUGCGCUGAGAUGGGUAAAGAAACUUUCUUUGUAACGGAGAAUGAAAAAACUAUUCAUUUACGAAAUCAUGUCAAGAACCCACCGCGAAAGAUUAUUCGUAAGGAACGGCGCUGCCGGACGUGCUCGGCGGUUUUCUUUACGAUAGAGGCACUGACACGACACCGGCAGACUCAUGUUGUGCAUGAGUGCAAGGAGUGCGGUAAAACGUACAAACGACGAGCUGGCAUGCGGUUGCACUACCUUUCGGUGCAUCAUGCGUCCCGACCGUAUAAGUGUGAUAAAUGUGAUGUCUCGUACGGUCAAUUUACGCAACUGACCGCGCAUCUGAAGACCCAUCAGUAGCCAGUUGGCCAGCGACAGUGAUUGUAACGAAUAUUUUUUUAUUUAGCGGUUAUGAUAG